AUGUCAAAUAAAUUAUCAAAAAGUCAAAUCGAAGAUAAAAAAAAAGAAAUUGUGUCAAAAAUUAAAGAAGGUAGAUUGUGUACAACUAAAGAACGACCAACAUCUGCAAAAGGUGAAUUUUGGUCAAAUUUACUUCGAAUAAAAGAUAUGAAUGGAAUAUAUGAACCAUUUGUUCAAUGUGUAAUUUGUCAACAAAUAUUAUCAUAUGAAGUAAAAAAUGGAACAAAUUCACUUAAUCUCCAUGUACAGAGUUGUACAAAGAAAACUAGUUUACCAAAAUCUACGAUGCCGAUUGACAAUUAUGUUAAAAAAGAUAUUAGUAUACCUCCCGAUGAUAAAAGAAUGAUUACUGUUGCAUGUUCAAAAUAUUGUGCAUUUGACAUGCGUUCUUUUAAUUCUGUUAAUGGUGAAGGUUUUAAACAAUUAUGCCAGGCAUUGAUUGAUUUGAGUUAUAAAUAUGGUUUAGCUAAAUUAAGUAAACCAUCUGUUGAAGUAUUACUUCCUGAUCGUACAAAUAUAUCACGUACUAUUAAACAAAUUGCUAAUGAAUAUCGUUUGAAAAUGAAUGACAUUUUACGUGAAGAUUUAAAAGAAGUUAAAUUAAUUGGAAUAAGUACUGAUUAUUGGAAAAAUUCUUAUACAAGUGAGAAUUUUUUAACCAUAAACAUUCAUUAUACAAAAAAUGAUAAUCCUGUAACAUAUAUGUUAAAAACACUUUUAUUCUCAGGAACUAAAAGUGGUGAAAAUACAAUUCGAAUUAUUAAAUCGGUAUUGAGAUCAUAUGAUUUAGAUCCAGAUGAUAAACAUAUUAUAUAUUUAACAGAUAAUGCAUCAAACUUCGUUUCAGGAUUAAAAAAUGAGGUGGCCAGUGAACAACUAUCUUCGGAUCAGGAACCUACUCUGCACUUGGUUUUACCUUGGAUCAAUAAAUUAAAAUCGUGUUGUGAAAUUAAAAAUAAUGAAUUACCAACAAUUAAAUAUUUCAAAAAAAUGAUAUUAGAACAAAUAAAAGAAAAAGUUUGGCUUACUCGACUUCAUGAUAUAGCAACAUUUCUUCAUCCUGUCACAAAAAACUUAUUAUCAUACAGUCAAAAAGAACGAAAUGACGUUUAUAAAGCUACAAGGGAUAUGAUGAAAACAAUCAAUAUCAUUGAACCUGAUGAAAAACAAAAACAAAUUUCUGCAACAGCUAUUACUAGUACAUCAAGAAAAACACCAAAAAAAAUAAAAAAAGAUGAUUUUUUACAACAGGAUGUAAUGAUGGAAUUUGCUCAAGAAAAUCAACCUGAUUCAAGUGAAGAAGAAGAUGAUGAUGAAGUUGAUCGUUAUAUUAAAUCAAAACUAAUAAUCAAUCAUGAAGAGUCUGUAUUAAACUGGUGGAAAAAAUGGUCAAUAACAUAUCCAAAACUUAGUAUUCUUGUCAGAUCGUUAUUUGGUAUACCAGCUAGUUCAUGUACCAGUGAAAGAAUAUUUAGUGCAAGUGGAAGGAUACUAGAAGAACGACGACAACGUUUAAAUGAUGACAUUGUUGAUGAUAUAUUGUUCAUUAGAAAUUUCAAAGGAAUUAUAAAUUAA